AUGUAUGGAGUUGCGACCUACUCUACCGAUCCAAACAGCAACCAAACGUUUUCACCCGUGACGUUCAAUAAAGAGUGGCCUGAAGUCUGGCGACUCCUUAUCAUGCUCACAUUGGCUACAAUGGGAACCAUUUUUAAUGGAUUCUUCGUGGGUUCGUUCUUCGUGGAGCGCCGGCUUUGUCGAGCUGGUUUGGCCUAUCUUGCGUGUAUUGGAUUGACUGACACGAUAAUUACCAGUGUGAUUUUGCCUAUGUCAACGGUGAUUCUUCUGUCGCGAGACUGGGAUGACGUGAAUUCUUGCAAUGUCGUACAUUGUCUUGGAAUGUCUGCAGUUUACUGCUACUCUCUGUUCUUCAUGUUAACUGCCAUUGAAGAGUAUUUGCGAAUAUGUUGCCCCAAACAAGUUUACGGAAUCAUUACUCGUGGCAACGUUACAAUCACCGCCAUUGCAGUUUUCGUAUUGAGCUUUACGUUGGGUUCUGUUGGUGUCUAUUUGGAUCUUGAUUAUGACUAUUGCGAACGACUACAUUAUGGAAAUACCUAUUAUAGAGCAAUUUCCGUUGUUAUGCUUCACCUAAUACCUUGCAUUUUUACUUUUUAUUACCUCUUUACGGCACAUCUUAGCGUUUUUCGACGGGCUGCUACACAACCUAGGUACAGGCGUUCUCAUGCAUACGGCCGCGACAGUUCAAUCACUGCACUGAAUCUUACAUCAUACAUUAUAUUUUUUAUUGUCUGGAUCCCGUAUGUAAUUAUUUCUUUUAACUUGGGCGCAGCAAGUGAUGAUCAAUAUUACAAUAGCAUUUGGUUCGGUCAUGCACGUGCUGUUCUUGCGACUUCCUUGUAUUGUAUCUUUGAUCGGAUCUUUAGACGUGCUUUUGUUUAUCUUUUUAACUACUGUUGUUGCAAGAGAAGCCUAUCAGGUCAACUAGCGCCUCGCCACCGAAGGGAAUACGGCACAAGAGUACGUUUAUUGCAUCCUCACAUGUUUAUGGCUCGUAGCGCUCAGAUACGUCUCGCAGGUCGAGCAAGAGCGGUAUCCCUCAUUCGUGAAACUCAACAUUUGUAA